CAUGAGCUCCACUGAAUGUUAUGGAGCUCCUCCCCAUAACUAUUACCAAGAUUGGCCAACAACUCAUUCUUAUUAUCCAUCAGUUCCUUCUUCGUAUUCUCCACUGAAUCAUCAUCCAGCUGAUAUUUGGGCAGCUCAUCCAUCCAACUACAUUAUGGGAAAUGGCCACGUAUCACCACCGGCAACAGCUUCAGGACUUUCUCCGCCGGCAAGUAGAUCCUCGAACUCUUCAGCGGAGCUUCCGACAGGGGUGACAGCAUCACAGCAUAACACAUACAAGUGGAUGCAUACAAAACGGUCACAAAGACCAGCUGCCCCAAAAAAGAAGGUGAUAGACGAAAAUGGAACAAAUCGAACCAACUUCACAACACAUCAACUGACAGAGCUUGAAAAGGAAUUUCACACAGCAAAAUAUGUCAAUCGAACGAGACGAACUGAAAUUGCUUCAAAUCUGAAACUGCAGGAGGCUCAGGUCAAAAUCUGGUUUCAAAAUCGUCGAAUGAAGGAGAAAAAGCGUGAAAAAGAAAAGGCAUUCCUGGCCCGUAACACAUGGGAAUCCAACUCACCGACAUCGUCAUGCAGUGGAGAAGAUGUCAAAAACUUCAAGUAAUCCAUCCGUCUCCAAUCUAUUUUUAUAAUUUUUUUGUUACCUCUCCAUACGCUUACUUAGAGCUCGACUUCUAAGCGGGUAAACUUGUCUUGUUUCCAAUAAUUUUAAUUAUUCUAAUCAGUUUUUAAGACCCAUGUUCUCAUCGAACAACUUCCCUGAAAUUUCGCUUCUUUCUCAAUCAAAUUUCGAAUGUCUUCACUCUUCCACCUCCAUCCAAAAAUCAAUUUCUCAGAAAAUAUAUAACAAAUUUUGCGCAUUUUUCACAUAUUUUCAUUUCUCCUCAAUUAACAAUGAUAACGUUACAUGAAAAU